UGAAUUUUCAAAUUUCAUCUAUAUUUAAUAUUUAAUUUUUUUAAUUAUUUUGAGUCGUUCAUAUACAGCGAUUGUCGUUUUGGAGCCCAAAACCACACUCGCCUCCUUUCAGCUUUCGUCUUCCUUCGGUCUCUGCCACUGCCACUGCCACCACCAUCACCAUGAAGCUCGUUAGGUUUCUCAUGAAGUUGAACAACGAAACCGUUUCAAUCGAGCUCAAGAACGGUACUAUUGUCCACGGCACUAUCACAGGUGUUGAUAUCAGUAUGAAUACACAUUUGAAAACCGUUAAACUAACCCUGAAAGGGAAAAACCCAGUGACUCUGGAUCAUCUUAGUGUGAGAGGCAACAACAUUCGUUAUUACAUCCUUCCAGACAGCUUGAAUCUCGAGACUUUACUAGUUGAAGAGACUCCAAGAGUCAAGCCUAAGAAGCCAACUGCUGGGAAGCCGUUGGGGAGAGGAAGGGGAAGAGGACGCGGGCGUGGACGUGGUCGUGGCCGUUAAGUUUCAUGUCGCAAGUUUUGUGGCAUUGGUUGUAUACCCUUUUGUAGGAAAAUUUUUCUGGGCGAUUUCAAAGACAUCCAAAGAGUGUUAUUAUUCAUUAGUCAUGACUCUGUCAAUGUUGCUAUUUUCUUAUCAGUUAUUUCUAGUGUAUAAUUCCUUCCUGUAGGGUAAUGCCUGAUUCCUCUCAACUGAAACAUUCCUAUAUAUGUAGCUUUGGGGUAAGGUGAAGAAGUUAAAGGAAUUAAUGGGGAUUGCCCUUGCCUCGUA